AUGAUUCGUCUUUUCACAUUUAUAACUUUCAUCAUCUUUUUAACUCUUGGGUCUACUAUUGCUCAGGUUUAUAAUAUACAAUGUCAAAGUGAAAUUGUAAGAGGUCAAGUCCUAAACAUAACCUGGGAUCUCGUGUAUCCACCCCCACAUGAUAAUGGCGGUUAUUACAUUUAUUUGGUACCUUUUGAUGAACCUAAGAGUAGUUCCAAUCUCGGUUAUAUAAUGUUUAGUAAUGUGGGAUAUUACAAAUGGGCAGUAAAUGUAAAUCCUGGCGCUUAUUAUAUUAGUAUGAAUAAUCUAGAGUCCAAUACUUUUCAAGUUCUCCAAAAGGAAAGUGAUUCUAAAAAGAUCAAUUCUGGAGGUCGUUCAUAUAUAUAUGAUUACUGA